GUGUGCUGGCGCUGUGGACCCUGAUCACUCACGUCAUGUACCUGCAGGACUACUGGAGGACCUGGCUGAAGGGCCUCAAGUUCUUCUUCUUCAUCGGAGUCUUCUUCUCUCUGUUAGCGGUUGUGGCCUUCAUCAGUUUCCUGUCUAUUGCCAUCCACAACAAAGAGUCCCUGACGGACCCCAGGAGUCUCUACCUGUCCUGUGUGUGGAGCUUCAUGAGCCUCAAGUGGGCCUUCCUGCUUUCCUUGUCCGCCCACCGCUACCGCCAAGAGUUCGCCGACAUCAGCAUCCUCAGUGACUUCUAAGGACACUAAAACAUCCCGCACUGACUACACAAACUUUAUAGAACAGCCUGAGAGUCUGAAAGGCCAUGGAGGAGACUUUCGGAGGAAUCAGAGGAGAGUUUUAUCUGAUUCUGGUAACUCUCCUGCCUUCUUGCCCCAAACCUCCUCCUUUUUUUAAAUAUCGGUGAAGGAUUUGUUGCUGACUUGGCCACAAACAAACCCAGCCCUAUUUUUUAGGAUCACUGAUGGAUUUUAAAUGGAGAGAAUAAUUGCGCUGUAACUCUUAGUGUUGCAGUUUGUGCUGUAGCCACUAGAGGGAGCCAUCCUUUCAACAGUUAAGCGCCAUGUUCAGUGUGCGCUUGACAUCCCAAAUUACAUUGUGUUAUAUUGAAUUUUUCUCAUUCAAUAAAUGAUGAAGAGCUGCACAAGUUGCACACGCAGCAGUUCAAUUAUGUAAUCUGCAUAUUAUAAUGCAUUUGAUGAAAUCAUGAUGUACAUCCAAACCCUGCUUUAACAAAGUGUAUCGAGGUCUUGCAGUGGGCAGGUCACCCAUAAUACUGCAGCAUCUACAUGAAUGCUUUCAUUUUAUAAGCACCACAUUUCCUGAUUUAUAUAAUAUUGAACCAUGAAUGGGCAUUUUUUAUGUAAAGAAUGAUUUUUCUAUUAUUUGUAUCGGUGUGAAAAACAAGGCUGAGUGUGAAGUCAGGCCUUCGUUAUGGCUUUAAUUCACAGCAUAAGCAACACCACUAAUGCUCAUGCAUGUUGCUUCACAUUUUAUUUUCUUCAUCUGAACCACUUAUAUAGACAUUUAUAUUGUUGCUUUAUGAGAUUAUGUUUCUUUUAUUUGUCUACACCCCCGUGUUAAAAAAUGAAGAAAGACAUUGUGUAUCCACAUCACUGAACGUAUGAGUGUGUGUUUGUAUAAUGAGUGUCUGAUAGUUAUUAAAAUGUGUUUUUUGA